CCCUGGGGUUAUCGGGUCCCAGGGGCCGGCCGAGCCGUUUCCUGGGGAAACCAUAAUCUCGGUUCCUUUCCGAUCCUGGCGCUUCCUUGGAGGCCAGGUCCGGGCCGGGGCCCGAGCGGGAGUGCCCUUCUCGGAGGAGCGCCUGGAGCGGAGAGGAUGUGGGCUGGAGCUCGGGUGCCGCCCCCCAGCCAAGCUGUGAGAUCCCGGGCGAGCCGACCCCUCUCUCAGCCUCAAGUGUCUUAUCUGUGAAGUGGGGCGACGACCUUUGGGUGCUUACUGCACCCAGACGUCCUCGGCAUAUUGUGACUCUUGUGGGGACAGUGAGAACCACACCGUGUCUUGGGGACACCGGAGCUGUCAGCCCAGGAGGUGGCGGGCGCCGGGGUCCACGUGGGCCAGGCGGGGUCUCCCGGGGCCGCCCGCCCCUUCCCGGCACCUCCUCGCGCCCUGUUCGUCGCCUGUGGGCCUGAGUUUCCCCUCCCGCUCUCGGCCUGUCCCACCCGAAUCAGGUGGCCUCUGGUCCCAGGCUUCUGCGCCCUGAGUCGGGGGAUGGAGGACCCGGCCAGCGCCAGCGGGACGGCGGGGCGGGGCGGGGCUUCCCUCGGCGGGGGUGGGGCCUUCGGACCGGCCAGAGCCGGUUUGGCCGCCAGCCGGCCACCAGAGACCCCCCAGACCGGCCAGUCGCCUUGUGCGUGCUCCGCGCUCCCGGUCCCCGCGCCCCGACGGCCGCGCCAUGUGUAUCUGCGGGACGCUGCACGCGGCGCUGGAGCAGGGCCCUGAGCGCUGCCGCGCGGGGCCCCGAGACCUCCUUGAGGCCCGCCGGCCGCUGGCCCAUGAGCGCCUGGGUGAGGCCCUACGUGUGAUACACCAGGUCGUCUACAAGUACCCACUGCUUAACACCUUGGAGACACUCACAGCUGCUGGAACCCUCAUUGCCAAGAUCAAAGGCUUCCGUUAUGAGUGUAACAAUGAGUCGGACAAGCAGGAGUUUGAGAAGGCCCUGGAGACGAUCGCAGUGUCCUUCAGCAGCACCGUGUCGGAGUUCCUCAUGGGCGAAGUGGACAGCAGCACCCUCCUGUCGCUGCCCCCCGGGGACCCGAGCCAGUCCAUGGAGAGCCUGUACGGACCAGGGAGCGAGGGCGCCCCCACCGGCGCGGAGGACUGUGACGAGGGCUGCCCGCCCCCCGAGGCCGUGGACGUACUGCUGCAGCGCUGUGAGGGCGGCGUGGACGCGGCGCUGCAGUACGCCAAGAACAUGGCCAAGUACAUGAAGGACCUCAUCGGCUACCUGGAGAAGCGCACCACGCUGGAAAUGGACUUUGCCAAAGGCCUGCAGAAGAUCGCGCUCAACUGCAGACAGAGCCUCAUGCAGGAGCCCCACAUGCCCCUCCUGUCCAUCUACUCGCUGACCCUGGAGCAGGACCUGGAGUUCGGCCACGGCCUGGUGCAGGCGGCGGGCACGCUGCAGACGCAGACCUUCUUGCAGCCCCUGAACCUGCGGCGGCAAGAACACGAGAAGCGGAGGAAGGAGAUCAAGGAGUCGUGGCACCGCGCCCAGAGGAAGCUGCAAGAGGCGGAAUACAACCUGCGCAAGGCUAAGCAGGGCUACACGCAGCGCUGCGAGGACCACGACAAGGCCCGCUUCCUGGUGGCCAAGGCCGAGGAGGAGCAGGCCAGCGCUGGGCCCGGGGCGGGGGGCGCCGCCUCCAAGACCCUGGACAAGCGGCGGCGCCUGGAGGAGGAGGCCAAGAACAAGGCGGAGGAAGCCAUGGCCACCUACCGCACGUGCGUGGCGGACGCGAAGACGCAGAAGCAGGGGCUGGAGGACGCCAAGGUGACGGCGCUGCGGCAGAUCCAGGAGGUCAUCCGGCAGAGCGACCAGACCAUCAAGUCGGCCACCAUCUCCUACUACCAGACGAUGCACAUGCAGACGGCGCCGCUGCCCGUGCACUUCCAGAUGCUCUGCGAGAGCAGCAAGCUCUACGACCCGGGCCAGCAGUACGCCUCCCACGUGCGGCAGCUGCAGCGCGGCGAAGAGCCCGACGUGCACUACGACUUCGAGCCCCACGUCCCCACCAACGCCUGGUCACCGGUCAUGCGCGCCCGGAAGGGCAGCUUCAACGUUAGCGACGCGGCGGGGGCAGAGGCCGCGGGCAGCCCCCCCGAGGAAGCUGGGCCCAGCGACGACCGCGCGCUGGCCAAGGAGCGCAGGGGCGGGCGCGGACACCAGGUGCACAAAUCGUGGCCCAUCUCCAUCUCCGACUCCGACAGCAGCCUGGACCCCAGCCCUAGCCCAGGGGACUUUAAGAAGUUCGAGCGGACGUCGUCCAGCGGGACCAUGUCGUCCAGUGAGGAGCUGGCGGACCAGGAGGGCAGUGCGGGGGCGUCUGCCUUCGAGCAAGCUGACCUCAACGGCAUGGCUUCCGAGCUGCCGCCGGUGGCCAUUCCCAGCGGGCCCUUCCGCCACGUGGGGCUGUCCAAGGCGGCCCGGACCCACCGGCUGCGGAAGCUGCGCACGCCCGCCAAGUGCCGCGAGUGCAACAGCUACGUGUACUUCCAGGGCGCCGAGUGCGAGGAGUGCUGCCUGGCCUGCCACAAGAAGUGUCUGGAGACCCUGGCCAUCCAGUGCGGCCACAAGAAGCUGCAGGGCCGCCUGCAGCUCUUUGGCCAAGACUUCAGCCAGGCAGCCUGCAGCACCCCGGACGGUGUCCCCUUCAUCGUCAAGAAGUGCGUCUGCGAGAUCGAGCGUCGGGCGCUGCGCACCAAGGGCAUCUACCGGGUCAACGGGGUGAAGACGCGCGUGGAGAAGCUGUGCCAGGCCUUCGAGACCGGCAAGGAGCUGGUGGAGCUGUCGCAGGCCCCGCCCCACGACAUCAGCAACGUUCUCAAACUCUACCUGCGCCAGCUGCCCGAGCCGCUCAUCUCCUUCCGCUUCUACCACGAGCUCGUGGGGCUGGCCAAGGACAAUCUGAAGGCGGAGGCCGAGGCUAAGGCGGCAUCCCGGGGCCGGCCGGACCCGGCCGAGAGCGAGGCUGCGGCCGUGGCCAUGGCGGGCCGGCUGCGGGAGCUCCUGCGGGACCUGCCGCCCGAGAACCGGGCGACGCUGCAGUACCUGCUGCGGCACCUGCGCAGGCUCGUGGAGGUGGAGCAGGACAACAAGAUGACGCCGGGGAACCUGGGCAUCGUGUUCGGGCCCACGCUGCUGCGGCCGCGGCCCACCGAGGCCACCGUGUCCCUCUCCUCCCUGGUGGACUACCCUCACCAGGCCCGCAUCGUCGAGACCCUCAUCACCCACUACGGCCUGGUCUUUGAGGAGGAGCCCGAGGAGAUGCUGGAGAGCCAGGACGGGCCGGCCAACCAGCGGGCCGAGGUGGCGCUCCAGGUGCCCUACCUGGAGGUGAGUGAGGAGGCCACCUUCCCCCGGCAGGAGGAGGCCGAAGAAGGGGGCCCAGAAUCCCGCGCCGCCUCCAAUGACUCUGACUCGGAGCUGGAGGAGACCUUGGACCCGCUGUCCCUGGCGGGCGGGGGCGCCCUGCCCCGCCUCAGCCUCCUGGAGAGCGUGGACGAGGGCCGGGGCGGCCGCAGCCGCAGCGGCAGCGAGGAGCAGCUGGGGGCCGAGGCAGGGGACGAGGACGGGGACAGGGACGGGCUCUGGGAGGGGCAUGGGGAGGGCCUGGCCGGGCAGCUCUCCGAGUCCAACACCAACCAGAGCAACAAUGUGGCCCAGGCCCGGCUGCACGCUAUGCAGCUCUGCGGCGGGCAGGUCUCGGCGGGCAGCGGCCGGGAGAGGCGGCCGGAGUUUGUCUAGACGGGGCGAAGGACAGGCCCGUCCCCUUCCUAGUUCCUGUCCCUGUGGACGUUCCUCAGCCCGGCCACGCCGGCCUGGACUACCAGAGCUGGUCGCCAUGAGAUCUCCUCCUCCUGGCCCGCAGCAACGAGGGCAUGGCUAGCUGCCUUUUCCAGAAGCUUCCAGGAGUGUGGCACGAGACUGUGGCCCGCCCUGCGCUCCUCUGCAUGCCCUGCAGGCCGGCUCGGCCGAGCUGGGGGAGUUUGCUCUUGGGAGGCGCCGUGGGGCUGUGUGGACAGAGAAGCCCCCUGGGUGACCCCUGCUCUCCCCUCGGGGCCGGCCACCCCCUGGACCGCAGGCCCUGCCCUGCCCUUGAGUCGCCAGGCCAGGGAAGGCCACUCUGGCCGCUGACAGUGGGGGUGGGCGGUGGCUUCAGGAUGCCCUUGAUUUUCCGGAAUACCAGGUGUGGACACCUGGGUUCAGGUACACGAUGAGGUCCCCAUGGGUCACGAUGCAGUUUUUUGACAUGCACAUUUAUUUUGCUUAAAAUAAAGCCUGUACUCAGA